CCCCGUUGAUGCAAAGCCGAAGGGUCUAAGACCCAUCACGCAAGUACUAGAUUAGGGAAAGAAGAAGUACAAGAUUAAAUAACACAGCAAAUCAGAAUACUGAAACAUUUCCUGAAAAUCAGGCUGAACAAUAUAUCAGGUUGAAGAAAGACAAAGACGGUUUUGUUGUAAGAUAUAUAGAUGAUACAAUUGGAAAAGGGGUGUUUGCUGAAAGAUCUUUUAGCAAAGGUGAAUUUCUUUUGGAAUAUGAUGGGGAUCUUGUUUCGAACAAAGAGGGAACUAGGAGAUUGGAGGAACACAGCAAUACCUUUGGCUGCUAUGUGUUUUUUUUCAAGUAUGGAGGCAAAAGUUUAAGCAUAGAUGCUACUUUUUCUAAACAAAUGGGAAGGUUUGUUAAUGAUGGAGUUGGAGCAGAUGAGAAUGCUUUAAUGAAAAGAAUUGUUGUGGAUGGGAGCCCACAUUUAGUUUUAUUUGCCAGAAGGGAUAUAUAUAUAGGAGAUGAAAUCAGAUAUGACUAUGGUGAUGUUAGUCGAAACCUCCCAUGGAGAAAGAGACCACUAACAGAUGAAAAAAAAAAUACGACAUUGAAAGAAUGUUGUGUUUCAAUAAGAAGACUGGAGAUUAAAGAUGAUAGUCAUAAAGUGGCAUGCAAUAGAGAGGCAUAUUCUGACAGUGAUAGUGAUAUUGAGAACUUGACAAGGAAACAUAGAGUUUUGAAACUACCAUCUGAUGAUGAAGAUGAGGAGAAACAAGAAUUAGACCUAAGUAAUGAGAAUAAACAAGUAUUGAAUCAACCACCAGAAGAUGAGGAAGUUGGUAGUAAUAUUGGGGUUAGAGAAGUUUUGAUACAACCAUUAGAAGAUGAGGAAGAGGGCAGUAAUAUUGAGGUUGAAGAAGAAAAAUCUGAAGGGGAAACUGAAAAGCUAUUUGUAUGUGCCCUAUGUGAUCAAAAACUAAGAAGUAGAGAAUCAUUUCUGAGCCAUAUGGGUGUGCAUUUCACUGAUAAUGUAAAGAGAAUGCUACCCAAAUCAAAUGAUACUACAGAACACAUACCUGCUCAAAUUGAAAUGAAUAGUCAAGAGACAGCCAGUUGCAGUGAAGGACCAAAAAAGGAUAGAGGCCCACCACUUAAAUCCUCUAUGGUUGGUUUAGAUGCAGGAGAUGCCAGUCAAAAUGAAAGUUACAGUAAAGAUGGAGAUAAUAUUGAAAGAAUAUCACCUCCAUUCAAUGAUACUUCAAUACGCAUACCUGCACAAAAUAAGAUGAAUUGUCAGGAGACAGCCAGUUGCAGUGAAGGACCAAAGAAAGCUAGAGGCAGACCAGUGAAAUCAUCUACUGGAGAAAAAAGCAAAUCAACAAGGUCAAAACCUUACAGACCCUGCCCUUUCUGUGGUCUCCUUAUGGCUAGAUUGUCCAAUCACAUCCUUCGCAAACACAAAGAUAUUCCUGAGGUCAAAGUUUUAAAAAGGCUGCCCCAUCAAGAUCAAGUAAAGCAAAUGGCUAACCUGAGGAAAGAAGGUAUUUGGAAAGCUAAUUUAGACCAGGUGAAAAAAAUGGAGGAUGAAGGAUCUCAAGCAGAAGUAAAAUAUUUUAAAGAGAGGGAGCAUGGAGCAGGUCAACUUGCUUACUGUUCUUUAUGUAAAGGUUUUUUAACAAAGUCUUACUAUAAGAGACACAGAUCCACAUGCACUGCAGUUGAAUCUACAACAACUACAGCGAAAGCCUUAGAUCCAGUGCAUAUUGCAUCUCCAAAGUUUACUUCUUCAUUUAACUUUGAUGUUCUAGCAAAAUUCCAUAAUUCUGAGGUAGGAAAUUUAUGUAGAACAGACAAUCUUAUAACAUCAUUUGGGCUGCAGAUGUAUAGAAAUGUGGAGGCUAAGAAAAGUAAAAAAGAAGAAAAAAGAAAAUCAGUUAUGUCAGAUAUGAGGAGACUGGCACAUUUAUUGUUAGAAUUUAGAAAACAAUGUGAGAUAAAUGGUGAUGCUGAGGCUAAAUCAGCUGUAAACAUGUUUGACAGAGGCAAUUUUCAUUCGUUGGAGUCAUCCAUUUUAGCCCUAACAAUAAAUGAAGAAACUGGGCACACAAAAGCAGGGCUAAAAAUCGGAUAUGGCUAUCUCAUAAAGAGAGUUAUCAAAUAUCUCACUGGAGAAUUUCUCAUCCAAAAAAAAGAUGCUGAAGUUGAUGAGAUUAAGCGCUUCGGAGAUCUAUUGGAAUUUUGCUGGCCAGGUAUAUUUGGGGAUGCAGAAUAUAAAAUAACUGUACUAAGACAGAAAGAAUUGAGGAUGCCAUCUCGCCUUCCAGAUGAGGAUGAUGUUAAGAUGUUGAAAGAAUGGCUGGAAAAUAAAAUUAAAGACAUUAAAACGAAAUUCCAAUUUAUAACUUCUAAUGAAUAUGCUGAGAUUAGAGAUUUACUUGUAUGCAGAUUAACACUAUUUAAUGCUCGAAGAGGAGGCGAACCUGCUAGGCUUUUACUAUCAGAAUGGGAUGAUGCAGAAAAUGGGGUCUGGUUUUCGCAAGAUUCAGUGGAAAAGGUGGAGGACCCCAUUGAGCAAAAAUUAUUAUGUGAAUUAAAGAUUGCAUACCAAGCAGGAAAAAGAAAGCUUGUGUCACUGUUAAUACCCCAGGAUUGUUGGGAUGCCAUUAGAAUCCUUGCAGAUGAAAAAGUUCGAGAUGAUGCCGGCAUUGGGAAAGGAAAUAAAUUUUUAUUUCCCACAACUGCUGGUAAAGAUGAACAUGUAAUUGGAUGGAGUUGUGUAAAAAAAUGUUGCAAAAAAGCCAGACUUAGCAAGGACAUCACUGCUACUGAUAUGCGACACAGGGCUGCAACUUUAUAUGCUGCAAUGGACAUCCCAGAAAAAGAGCGCCGAUUAUUUUAUUUACACAUGGGGCACAGUGCAGACAUGAAUAGAGAUGUAUACCAGUGCCCUGAAUCCGUGAGGAUAACAACAUCUGUUGGGAAAGCUCUUCAAUGUUUAGACAGGGCAGGAAACAUGAAAGCUUCCUCAUCAAAAGUUGCAGAGACUGGUCCAAAAAAUCCAGAAAUUACCUUCUCUCUUAAAGACUUUUUGAAUGAACUGGUGGAUGAUAAUGUUGCAGUAAGGGCAAUAUCAGGAAAAGGAUUGAUAGAGGAAGAUGAAGUAGAACAAAGACCAGAAAAAAUAAGAGCUGCAAGCUGCAUGAAAGAUCUGAUGCUACAAGAUGCAGCAAAAGAAUACUUCACAGAUGAUGCUUGGCUGGCAGCUGAAUCAGUUUUUGAUUUACUUCCAGACUGUAGUGAUGAUGAAUCUGAGAGAUCCCACAUGAUUUUAAAUACAACAGAUGUAAGUGAUAUAAGAGAUUGUGAAGAUGAACCAUGUUCUUCAAAUGAUUCUAUGAUAUCUGGUGAUACAGAGGAGCAAGUAGAGAGAAGAACAAACAAAAGGAAAAGUUCAACAUAUGAUGAUAACAAGGCUACAAAACUUCAGAAAGUUCCAACUGAACCUGAGGCAGAAAAAGGGAAAAGUUCAACAUAUGAUGAUAACAAGGCUACAAAACUUCAGAAAGUUCCAACUGAACCUGAGGCAGAAAAAGGGAAAAGUUCAACAUAUGAUGAUAACAAGGCUGCAAAACUUCAGAAAGUUCCAACUAAACCUGAGGCAGAAAAAGGAACAAAAAGAAAAUAUAAAUUAUGGACUGAAGAGAAUACUAAAGUAGUGGAUGUUUAUUUUAAGAGAUACAUUACAGAUACAUCUAGCUUGGACAACAAAGGGUCAUUGCCAGGAUCAAAAGAUGUAAGAGAGUUUCUUCAGAAGCAUCCAAUCCUUCAAGAUAUUGAAAUUAAAAAAAGGAUAACAGCCAUCAAGACAAAAAUCUUCAAUGAUAGAAAAGUUUACAGAGAAAAAAUUUCAAAGAAACUUAAGAAAACCCUCCAAAGUAUGUGAGCAUUCUGAAUAUCAUGCAUUCCAUAUAAUAGAUUGACUUGUAAUAGGCCUCUUAAUCUGUAAUCAUCCUCAUCUUUCCACCAACAGCCAGUAUCAUGUAAACUUAAUCUGCGUCAUCAUCUCUCCACCAACAGCCAGUCUUAUGUAAACUGAAUCGGCAUCAACAUCUCUCCACCAACAGCUAGUCUUAUGUAAACUGAAUCGGCAUCAUCAUCUAUCUACCAACAGUCAGUCUUAUGUUAACUGAAUCGGCAUUCUCAUC